UGACAAUGAAUUGUCCAGAUGAAUUAAUCAAAAUGACUCUGCUAUUGAUGUUGUCCAGUGUUUGAUUCAAUUACCUAGGUCUAAGUUGUAUUUCUAUGUUUCAUUCUCUGCAAAUGCUUUGAAAGUAUGUCUUGGUCAAAGAUUAUCACUAAUUUAACCUUUUAAAUUUAAGCAAGAGAUAGAGAGAUUGAGGCUAUGGCAGAAAGUCAUGGAAGAUCAGCGACCAAGACUGGCCUGGAACAACAAACCUAUUGAGACAGAAAGAGAGAGGGAAAGAGAGAGGGAAAGAGAGGAAGAAAGGGAGAUGGAAAGGGAGAGAAAAGCAGAAUUGGAAAGACAAGAAAUGAAGAAGAAAGUGAAACAGGCAGAAGAAACAAUAAAAGCGUUAGAACGAGAGAUUGAGAGAUUGAAAGAGACUGAAAAGGAAGUCAUAUUUGAAAGAGAAAGAGACAUGCAUAUUGCAGAGAAUGAGAAAGUCAAACUGGUUAACGAAAAGGUGAAAGAGUUAGAAAGAGAGGUUGAGAGACUGAAAGAAGAUAUGACAACAAAAGAGAUUCAAUACAAAAUCAAAUUUGAAAGAGCAAAAGAAGCAUAUAGAAGACAGAAUGAGAGAGUGAAACAGGUUAACCAAAAUGUACUAGUGUUAGACAGAGAAGUUGCAAGAAUGAAAGAAGAGAUUAGAUUGAAAGACGAGACUGAACCAGAGAGAACAUUUGAUAGAGACAGAGAGAGAGAAAAGGAUUGGAGACGAACUGAAGAGGAGAUGAAAAAUAGAGUGGAGAGAGAGACGGAGAUGGAGACAGCCCUCAUCAAUGACAAAAAGAAGUCUGAAUUGGAGGAAGUCUUCAAGAAAAUCAAGGAACAGCUGAUAGAAUUAGAAAAUAUGGAAACAGACAAAUAUAAAUGGAAACAGAACCAAAUGGACAUGGAGGAGAAGAUGGAGGGUGAGAACAACAAACAGAAAGAGGUAGAAAGAAAGAGAAUGGAGAAAAUACCAAAACAGAGACAACAAGAAGAUGAGAAGAAGAAAGAGAUGGAGAGAGAAGAAGAGGAGAGACAGAGAGAGAUUGAAAGAGAGAAAGAAGAAGAAAUAUGUAAACAGAAGCAAAUAGAGAUGGAAGAGGAAGAACGAGAGAGGGAGAAAGAGAGACAGAGAGAGAUCAAAAGGAAGAGAAUGGAGAAGAGACAGAAAAAUAUGGAAAGAGAAGAAGAGAGACAGAGACAGUAUGAAGAAGAAAGAUGUAAACAGAAGCAAAUAGAGAUGGAAGAGGAAGAAAGAGAAGAAGAGAGACAGAGAGAGAUGGGAGAGAAAGAGAGACGACAACAACAAGAGGAGAGAAAGAGAACGUUUGAAAGAGAUCAAGAAGAAGAAGAUAUAUUGAAACAGAAGCAAAUUGACAUGGAGAAGGACGGAAGAGAGAAGGAGAACAAGAGACAGAGAGAGAUAGAAGAGAUACACAGACGACAACAACAAGAGGAGAGACAGAAACAAAUGGAGAAAGAGAAAGAAAGGGAGAAAGACAAUGAGAAUCAGAGAGAGAUGGAAUUAAAAGAUCAGCAACAGAAAGAGAUGGAGAAAGAAAAGAUGAUCAUGAGAGAGAGGGAGGAAGCAGGAAGAAGAAAGGAGGGGCAGAAAAAUAUUUUUGGGGAAAUUGAGGGACAGAAUGAACUGGAGACAGAACAGGAGAGAGAGAUAGAAGAAAAGCAUGAAGUGAUUAAGGAAGCAGAGGAAGAGUACAGAGAAAGAGAAGAGAGAGGAAAGGAAGUAAGCAUGAAGAAACAUGGAGUAGUUAAUGUUAAAGCAAAAGCACGGGAAGUCUUCAAUAGACGUAAAGAGAGAAGGUUAGAAGUGUUGAAGGGGGAACGAGAACACAUAGAAAGAGGACAACAAAUCAGGAGGGAGAAGGAGGAAAGACGGCUGGAGAUGGAAAGAAAACAGGAGAGGGCAAGACAACAAGAGGAGCAGGAAAAAAAACAAGAGAUUGAAAUUGCUAGACAGAAAGAAAUGUUCAGACUAAGAGAGGAGGAGAGGCAGAGAGAGGAAGAGAGAGAGGAGGAGAGAAAGAGAGCCAUUGAAGGCCAUUUAUCUUUAAUCAGAGAGAGAGAGAUAAUAGAGGCAAAAAGAAGAGAGGAGAUGGUGGAAGAGGAAAGAAGGGAGAUCCUUGAAAAGCUCAAGAGGGAUGACUUAGAGGAGGAGGAGAAGGAAGAAGACAAGGAGGACAUUCUCCCACCUGAUAAAAGUAUCCGAAGGAGAGUUGUGGGCUAG